AUGUCCAAGAUCAUCACUGUAUCCUUAGAAGAUGAGGAACACGUUGUAACUGUUGAUCCAGGUGAAGAUAUUGUCGAUAUGCUAACAAAUAUGCUGGGUAAUGUUCAUAAUUACACUUUUACUGUAAAUGGUAAAAAGAUUACGUCUGUUAACGAUCUUUCAAAAGAACUUCAUCAUAAUACAAAAGUCGAGGUUAAGCCCAACUUAUCACGUGCUGCUUUCGCAACCUUAGGUCCGCGCGGUUUUCCCUUGGAAAUCAUCAGUCGAAAAAAUCCUACUCGACCUACUAUCAAAAUUGAAACUGUUCAUAUCUCAUGCUCUUCGGAUUCAUAUGAUGAAAAUGAAAAUAUGGCAGGUCUUAUUGUUUACUCUUUUGACAACAAACAGAUGUUUGAACUAAAUGGACAUCGAUGUCGUACUGGAUAUAUUCUGAUUAAAGCGACAAAAAAUAUUGAACAUGUAAUAAGCAAUCAAGGAAUAGUACACGGAAGUUUAUUUAAAUGGUUUUACGGAAUUGAACCAGAUGACCGAUUUGUUGGUGCAGGAUUUUCAUUGCAUGACAAGAAUUUUAAGUUUAAUUCUGGAGUAUUCAAUGCUCGAAAUGAUGACUAUCACGAUGAUAAAAAAUCGAUGAGUGAAAGUGAAAUUUAUUUGAUCAAAUAUGCAAUGAAUGAACUAUUCAAAAAUAAUGCAUGGAAAAUGAAUCCAACUUUGUCAAUGUUAAAUAUUGGCCGAAGUCUUUAUAAUCCUGGUGAUUGUUUGCCUAUUCAAAAUUAUCCAAAAUCAAUGAUAAACAGUGAUACUCAUUAA